CACACACACACACACACACACACACACACACGCAGUAGAGCAUCAGUAGAGCAUGAUGGAAGGCGUCCGGCGUGCCGCUCGUAAGCUGCUGUGUGUUCGCAAACAGCUGAUCCUGCUGCUGACGCCGCUGCUGCUGCUGCCACUCGCCUUCGCCAUGCCACCCAAGGAGGGUAAGUGCAUGUACGUGGUGCUGCUGAUGGCUGUGUUCUGGUGUACUGAGGCCUUGCCCCUGGCGGUGACGGCCAUGCUGCCUAUCUGCCUCUUCCCCACCAUGGGCAUACUGCCAUCCAAGAAGGUCUGCCCUCAGUACUUCCUGGAGACAAAUUUCCUCUUCCUGUCGGGCCUGAUCAUGGCGUCGGCUAUCGAGCAGUGGGGUCUCCACAAGCGCAUCGCACUCAAGACACUGCAGAUAGUGGGAGUCAAACCUGCAUGGCUGAUUUUAGGCAUGAUGAUCGUGACUGCGUUCCUGUCCAUGUGGCUUAGCAACACGGCUACCACGGCGAUGAUGCUGCCCAUCGCUAACGCUAUUCUGGAGAGCCUCUUUGGAGACCUCAACACACUCAAGCAGAAGGCACGCGGACACACACCAGGUACACACACACACACACACACACACACACCAGGUGAGGUGAAGCUCCAUGUGUUGCCUUCCGAGCCGUCAGAGAAGCAGAUCUUAACUAUGGAGGACGGUAAGGAGCGCGUGUCUCGUGUGGAGAGUGUGUGUGGUGAGGAGGAGAGAGAGGAGGCAGAGCGCCACCUAAAGGUGUGGAAGGGAUUCCUCAUCUGCAUCCCCUACGCAGCUAGCAUCGGGGGGACCGCUACGCUAACAGGCACCGCACCUAAUCUCAUACUAGUGGGACAACUCAAGAGCUACUUCCCUGAGUGUGACCUCAUCAACUUUGGUUCCUGGUUCAUCUUCGGCUUCCCCUUGGCCCUCGUCUUCCUCAUCAUGGCCUGGAUCUGGAUCUCAUACCUCUACGGAGGCAUCAACGCCAGCAUGUGUGUUCGUAAACAGGACGCUGCUGAAGCGAAAGUGCGAUCAGUCAUCAACGAGGACUACAAGAAACUAGGACCUAUGAGCUUCGCAGAGGGCUCGAUCUCCUUCUUCUUCGUCCUCUUCACCAUCCUCCUCUUCACUCGAGACCCAAAGUUCGUCUCCGGCUGGUCUGUCUUCUUCAACAAGGGGUAUGUGUCUGAUGCUGUAACGGGCGUCAUCAUCGUCUCCAUCUUGUUCUUCUUCCCGUCUGAGAAGCCGGAGCUGCGCUGGUGGACAGACAACAAGGCCCCCAACACCCCGUACGUGCCGCUGCUCUCCUGGAAGAAGGCUCAAGAGAGUGUUCCAUGGAACAUCAUCCUGCUGCUCGGAGGGGGAUUCGCCAUGGCCAAAGGAUGUGAGGAGUCUGGCUUGGCCGUGUGGCUGGGUGGUCAUCUGGAGCCUAUAGCUCAUGUACCCCCCCCGGUGGCCAUCGUCUUCAUUACAGCCUUCCUGGCCUGCUUCACCGAGUUCGCCAGCAACACCGCCACCAUCAUCAUCUUCCUACCCGUCAUCGCAGAACUGGCUCUGCGUGUCAGUAUUAACCCUCUCUACUUCAUGAUUCCGGCGACUACCGGCUGCUCCUUCGCCUUCAUGCUGCCGGUCUCCACUCCCCCCAACAGCAUCGCCUUCGCCUCCGGACACCUGGCCGUCACAGACAUGGUGCGUACAGGUGUGGUGAUGAAUGUUCUGGGCGUGAUCUGUGUGAGUUUGGCGAUGAACACCUGGGGCGCCGCCCUCUUCCAUCUCAACCACUACCCCGACUGGGCACGCCCCCUCAACGUGACCACGCCCCCUCUGGCACUCAACGCCACCAUCUGAAACCCCGUGGGCCAAUCAGCAGCAGUCUUGAAGAUGCAUUCUCUGAAGCCGUCCAAUCAGCUGCUGCCUCACAGAAACACCACCUGACACCAGCCAAUCAGCAACAGGCUGA